AUGGACCAAUCCACUCUCCUUAGACUUCACAAAGGAAGACUUGAAAAAUAUGCUUGACCAUGUUUUCUUUUUCAGACUCAAAUUUUCAUACGUUUCCGAGUCAGGCCCAAGCAGCUCUCUUUCAAGAUUUUCUAUUAAGAGCAAAUAAGUAUAACAAACUUCAGAUGCUUGGGGAGUCCUCAGAAAAUGAUAAAAAGCUUAUUCUUGUUGAAGACAUUCCAAACCAAUUCUACCGAGAGCCUUGCAGUCUGCAUGAAAUCCUGAGGAGAUUUGUUCGUACAAGCAGGUGCCCCCUGGUCUUUAUAAUCUCAGAUAACUUCAGUGGAGACAGCAACCAGAGGUCACUGUUCCCCACAGAAAUUCUGGAGGAGCUGUGUAUAUUCAAUAUUAGCUUCAAGCCUAUUGCACCAACAAACAUGAUGAAAGUUCUUAAUCGAAUUGCUGCAGCAGAAGCCAGUAUGAACAGAGAGAAAAGUUACACCCUUGAUAGAAGUUCUCUGGAGCUGCUUUGCAAAGGUUGUUCAGGCGACAUAAGAAGUGCAAUAAACAGUCUUCAGUUUUCCUCUAUGAAAGACUGCUCAUUGGAGAAAGAAUUUUGGUCAAAGAAGAAAAAGAGCUCCACGAUAAAAUGUGAAGAAGCGGAAGUAUCCAAAGUAAGAAAGAAAAGUAAAUGUGAUACCUCAGAAGAUCAGGACAUACAAGCUAUUGGUGGCAAAGAUGCAUCCAUCUUUCUUUUCCAUGCUCUGGGGAAAAUAAUUUAUAGCAAAAGAGAAGCAGUGUCAGAAGCAGAGUCCCCUCAGCUGCCUGCUCACCUGUCCGAGCACCGUCGGGACACACUGCUCAUUCAGCCUGAGGAUAUUGUGGAAAAAUCACACAUGUCUGGAAGCAUGUUCAAUCUAUACCUUCACCAGAACUACCUGGACUUUUUUUCUGAUAUAGAUGAUGUUGUGAGAGCCAGUGAAUAUUUGAGCACUGCUGAUGUCAUUUGUAGUAACUGGAGUACACGGCUUGUGAUGGAGAGCUACAGUGCCUCUGUGGCCACCCGAGGGGUGAUCCACUCCAACACCUCCAGAGCCUUUGCCCACCAGCACGGGGGGAAGGGAUUCCGACCCUUACAUAAACCCCAGUGGUUUUUGAUCAAUAAAAAGUAUCAGGAAAAUUGCCUUGCUGCAAAAUCUCUGUUUUCAAGCUUCUGUUUACCACCUGAGUGCCUUCAGACAGAGCUGCUGCCUUACCUUGCUAUGUUAGCAAACCCAAUGAGAAACCAAGCUCAGAUUGCUUUUAUCCAAGACGUGGGGAGGCUGCCACUGAAAAGACAUUUUGGGAGGCUAAAGCUGGAAGCUCUGGGUGACAAAGACCCUGGGGUGCCAGAGCUGUUCCAGUGGGAUGGGGACAGUGCCGAUGGCGAUCCCGAGGGGCUCCCACUCCCCUCCAGCCAGUCCAGCACGAGUGACCUGCCUGGCAGCCAGCCCCAGCCUGUCACAGCUCAGGCCAUCCUGGACGAAGAGGAAUUACAGAUCGAGGAAUACGACAGUGACUGAGGGACCAGGACACACCCAC